GGGGGGUUGAAAAAGGGAGGCUGGGAUGAGCUGUACGGAUCUCAGCUCAAGGGACACAGAGAGCAGGAGAACCCCCACCCCAACCUCUGCGUUCCAUCGUGGUUCAGAGAGAUGGUUACAAGCAGGCUGAUGCAGCUCUUCUUUGCCUGAUGAGGAACCCAAGUCCAGGAGAGCUGAAUCCACUGGCCACGUGAAGCCCGCGAGCCCUGGCCCCAAAUCCUGAGCCCUCUCUCUCCGAGGAGCCCCUUCACGUCGCUUUGCUCCCAGGUGGGGCCCCCAUCAACCCAUCACCUGAGGGAACCCACCUUGCCUAAUCCCAUGUGCCUCCCUCAUCUAUGCCAGAGGAAGGAAGUGGCCCCUUGAGCAGCUGCCACCAACACAGCACCUUGGAGAGUUGCCCACGGGGACGCAGAGGGCGUGAGGCAAGGGGCCGGGACCCAGGAUGGGCGAGCGUUGAUAAGGGCAGCCUUCGGGAAGCAUGGAGAUGCAAGUGCUGUCGGGGUGGCAGGGACGGUUCUCCAGGAGCUGGCUUCAGCCUCCCUGCUUCCCUGCUGCAACCCCCUACCCCAGGGACCAUCAGUCUCUGUACCCACAGGACACCAGGGCUGCCUCCUUCACCUGCAACUAAGAGCCCCUUGGGUGGGGAGGAAGCUGCCACUGGCAUUAGGGCAGAGGAAACCCAAGAGGGAGCUGCAGCUCUGGAUGUAGGGGUCCCCGUUCCAGCCACCCAGCGCGUGCCCAGGGCGACCUGUCUGCCAGCCCCUUCUCUCCUGCUGGGUAUCAAGCUGUCCACCUCCUCUGUGGCUCAGAGGCCCAGGGCUGCUGUGACUCUCCCCACCUCACUCACAGGCCCAUCAGCUCCCUGGGCCCACAUUCUCUGCCUGAGAUGGUCCUUCCAUUGCCCCCACCCCACCACUGUCUUUGGCAGCCCCAGCCUCCAGGGAAUGUCGAUGUUGGGGUCGGGAGGCCACCAGGGUCCCAGCUGCCUGUGGAGGGUAGGAGAGGACAGCUAUGCCCAUCUGUGCCCUCAAAUUCCCAUGCCAAGCCUCUUGCUGCCUCCAUCCCACCCCUCCCCUCCCCCUCCCCCUCCCCCUGCUGUAAUCCCUCAGCCCUUUAAUCUCCAACCUGGGUUUUGCCCACAAGGCCCCAGGUUCCCACCAGGUCCUAGUUGCUGGGGACCAUGCCGUGCUCACAGCCCGGCCUCAGUGCCCAGACAGAGGGCAGCCCAGCCCUUUCCCCGGUCCUCUACAGAGAAGCUGAUGCUGGGGGAGGCAGGGAUACUAGCCCGUGGUAUCUGUGGUCCCUCAUUCCAUCUACUCCACCCCCCACCCCCCACCCCCAGCUUCUGUUCUGGGCACAUGGUUUGCAUUCGCAGUCGUUGAGUCCCAUCAACAACACCUCUUUUCUUCCAAUGAGCAUUUUCUGUGGGGAUGUGCAGGUGAGGUUGACACUGUCCCUGACCCAUGAUGGGAUGGUGGCGUGGAGUGAAUUGUGCCUCUCUCCAAACAAACAAACAAACAAACAAACAAACAAACAAACAAGAUUUGCCCAAGUCCCAACACCUGGUACCUGUGAAUGUAACCUACUUGGAAAAAUAAGGAACUAUAUUUGCUGAGAUAAUUAAGGAUCUCAAGAUGAGAUCACCUUGGGUAUAGGUUGGGCCCUCAACCCAAUGACUGGUGCCCCUCUCAGGAAGGUCACAGACACAGAGAGGAGAAGUUCAGGUGAGGACGAGGCAGAGACUAGAGUCAGGAAGACCCAGGCCGAGGAACGCCAAGGGGUGCCUGGUGCCACCAGAAGCUGGCAGAGAGGCGAGCAAGAGAUUCUCCCACGAGUCUCCAGACAGAAUCUUCAUUGCGGCAUGCAGGACGCAUGUGAGAUCUAGUUCCCCGACCAGGGAUCGAACCCGGGCCCCUGCAUUGGGAACGUGGAGUCUUACCCACUGGACCACCAG